GAACAAAGCGGCAACUCUAGUGAGAUCGUCGUUACCAAUGGGAACAACACAUGAAUCUUUUGUAUGUUACGGUUCGCUUAAUACAUUUCAAAAAGCAACCAAUCCGCCAGACACUGGGACGGACGGACGGACCGCACCGCAAAGCAUAGCUUAAUGCAAGCACAGCAGAACGAACCACCACCACCGUCGACAACAACCACACUCGCCCAUGGAGAGCAAAGCAUGUGAACCAGCAACCAACUCAAAUGCCGACAGACAAACAGAAACCAUCAUCGAUUCCGGCACACAUACACACCCAACUCGAGACGAGAAGAGGAGGGCGAAUCGCAUCGAAAGCAUAAAUAACUCGGUUCCAUGUAUAUAAACAAAACGCUGGCCAAGAUUAGGUCUCAUUUCUAAAACUACACUCGAGCUUGACACACGGAGCAAGUCAAACGCGCAGCGCAUACCAAAGUUGAAAAUUCUACAACGGAUCGUGAUCGUGAAUGUUCGUAGAGUCCGAGAGAAAGAAAGAGUGGAAAAACCAAAGCAAAUUUCCGCCAAAAAUUGAAAACCCUCCUCCUCUCCCAAUUGGAUAUAACAGUUCUUCGCUAGGAUAGCUUACAAAUCGGGGGUCGGGCAAGAGAUUAUGGUCAUGGAAAUGUCCAAAACGUAUCAGUACCGUAAGGUGAUGAAACCGUUGCUGGAACGUAAACGUCGUGCCCGCAUCAACAAGUGUCUGGAUGAUCUCAAGGAUUUAAUGGUCGAAUGUCUGACACAGGAGGGGGAACAUGUGACGCGGCUGGAAAAGGCAGAUAUUUUGGAAUUGACCGUGGAGCACAUGCGCAAACUGAAACAGCGUGGCAAUUUGGCAGUACGCAGUUCUAGCCUCAAUGCCCAUGUGGAGUCGUUUCGUUCAGGAUAUGUCCAUGCCGCCGAUCAGAUAUCUCAAGUUCUACUCCAGCAAUAUUUCGAUGAUGAUGUACGCAGUAAGCUGAUGAAAUUUCUGUCGACACGGCUGCUGGAUAUGCAGCACAGUUUAAGCCUGCAAACAGCAACACCUGCACCAGUCCUAGUUCCUGACACCACCACUACCACACCCAGUCCCUACUUAACCAACAGCAUGCAAAAGUCCUUUUGUGAAUCCCUGCAGGCCAUCAACCAAUCCCGAGAACCUUUCUCCCAAUUCCCAAGGGCGGGAAGUACCAACCUCAGUUCGUUAUCCUCACGUGAUGCCAAGGAUUCCAGUGACAUGAUCGACAUCAUUACCGUGGACAACUCCAUGGAUUCCUCAGUUUCGGCCAGUUCCAAUAACUCAGAUUCGGUAUGGAGACCCUGGCAAUUGGGCGCCAAAGAAAUGUGUUAAAAUUAUAGUUCAUCCAUUUCCCCCCAAAUUUAGAAAACCGGUUUCCAGACCGGCAAAGCAACAAGAUCCUCAGUCUUCCAACCUAGAUUUUGUUAAGGUACUGCCAGGAUUCAAAUUCAGUGUAAAUAGAACCAGUGAACGCAAACGCGAAAUGCCGAGAGGAGCAUAAGUUUGACUGUGAUAAUACAACUACAACAUUAUUUAUUAUUUAUUUUUUUAACAUUUAUGGAAUGUUCCACCAAAGGACCAUGUGAGCAGGAGGUGGUUAAGACAAUGAAAUCAACAUAUUUUUGAAGAAAUGAAAACAACAAAAGAAUAUUCCAAAAAUAUUGACAUAUUUAAGCUUUAUUAUUGAAUAAAGAAAAUCAAAUGUAAGAAUUAA